GUGGUUGAGCCCUCCGCCCGUUUUCGAUGAAUUCGAGGAUGCGCCGUCUUCUUAUUCUCUCCCACUCUCAACCUUCCUCUCUCCAUUUCUCUUCUUCCAUCCCCCCCUCUCUCUCCCUCUCUCUGAAACUCAGCAAUGGCUCACCUUCUCAACACCACAUUCAUCCCCUCUUCGCCCAUCCUCCGCCGCGCUUCACUCUCUGCCACCGCCGCUCCCGGCGCAGGCCGUAAGGCCCAAAUUGAGGCGAAGAUCCGGGAGAUCUUCAUGCCUGCGCUGAGCUCCACCAUGACGGAGGGCAAGAUCGUGUAUUGGGUCAAGUCGGAGGGCGACAAGCUCUCCAAGGGCGAGUCCGUCGUCGUCGUCGAAUCCGACAAGGCCGACAUGGACGUCGAGACCUUCUACGAUGGCUACUUGGCCGCCAUCAUCGUACCUGAGGGUGGCACCGCCUCCGUCGGCUCCGCCAUCGGCCUCCUCGCCGAGUCCGAGGCCGAAAUCGCCGAAGCCCUAUCUAAGGCAUCCGCUCCUGCCACCACUACUGACACUCCCUCUUCUUCUUCUCCAGCCGCAGUUUCGGAUUCCCCACCGCCCGUGGCGGCUGAUUCUGCCCCUCCUCCUCCGCCGGCAGCGGCCAUAGCCCCUGUUUUGGCAUCUUAUGUGCAUCCGGCGUCGGAAGGCGGGAAGAGGGUCGUGGCGUCACCCUACGCCAAGAAGCUAGCGAAGGAGUUGAAUGUGGAUUUGAGAGGGGUGGCUGGGAGUGGGCCGAUGGGGAGGAUUGUUGCCAAGGAUGUUGAAGCUGCCGCAACCGCCGGCGUCAUUGCCGCGGAGGCGCCAAAGCCGGCCGAGGCGAAGGUUCCGGCAACUUCGGGGAUUGAGUUGGGUUCUGUUCCGUUUACCACGAUGCAGACCGCUGUUAGUCGGAACAUGGUUGAGAGCCUUGCUGUGCCCACUUUCAGAGUUGGGUAUACCAUCACAACCGAUGCACUUGAUGCUCUGUACAAGAAGAUUAAAUCCAAGGGAGUUACUAUGACAGCUUUGCUGGCAAAGGCAACUGCCCUUGCAUUGGUCAACCAUCCAGUUGUGAACUCUAGUUGUAGAGAUGGUAAGAGCUUUACGUAUAACAGUAGUGUCAACAUUGCCGUAGCAGUGGCAAUUGGUGGUGGAUUGAUUACCCCGGUACUUCAAGAUGCUGAUAAGGUUGACAUAUAUACCUUGUCAAGAAAGUGGAAGGAAUUAGUUGAUAAGGCCCGGGCCAAGCAGCUCCAACCUCAUGAAUACAAUACAGGUACUUUUACUCUCUCUAACCUUGGAAUGUUCGGUGUGGACCGGUUUGAUGCUAUCUUGCCACCUGGAACUGGUGCAAUCAUGGCUGUUGGAGCAUCUCAGCCCACCGUAGUUGGUACCAAGGAUGGUCGGAUUGGCUUGAAAAACCAGAUGCAGGUGAAUGUUACAGCAGAUCAUCGUGUCAUAUAUGGUGCUGAUCUAGCUUCAUUCUUGCAAACCCUAGCUAUGAUAAUUGAGGAUCCUAAAGAUCUUACCCUAUAGUUCACUUCUCUGGUCUGUGAUUACAUCUUUGUAGUGUGUUCCUCUGUUUCCUAAUAUCUUCGAUUAUCAUCCUCAAUAUUAGCGGAGCAUGCUUAUGGAAAAACCUAGGAUCGAAUCGCCUUCUGCUCAAUCAAGGUUCCAAGAAAGAGCAGGAGCAGAAUUUUGAAAGGCAGUUGUAUUUUCAUGUUUCUCGUUUCAUAAACAUUUGUUGGAGUUCAAUAGAGUAUGUACUUAAAACUAUUCUCAUAAACCCAGAUUCAUUACAGUUAAACUUGUCUGAGGAUAACUAUUGUCACCAUAGUUUGUUGAGGAAAUUUCAUGCUAUAAACUUCUUUCAAAUAGAAA